AUCACUGAGAGAGCGUGCAGGACACGCACUGACGAGACACAGAGAGUGAGAAAGAGGGAGCUUGCAGCACCUGAGAGGCAGCAGCUUCAUUAGCAUCAGGGGGAGAGUCGCUCACAGGCAGCCACACCAGGACUCGUGUAGACAAACUGCUGUUAUCCAUCGCUUGUGGAGCAGCACGGGGAGGCACCAGCGGAGGAGGAGGAGGAGAUCGAGGCUGAAGCCAGAGCUUGAGCGAGAGGCUGAGAAGCAUCGCUGCCACCUGACUCAUACUGGGAGUCAGCCUCGGCACCUGCAGCAGCAGUCUGAGCACUCAAAGAGACUGGGGCAGACAGAGAGAGAGCUGCUGAGAUUAUGCGCGGGGCAGAGAGCUCCUGUGGAUUCCCCAUCUUUGGCAGCGGCAGCAGCAGCAGGAGGAUCAGGAGCUGUGGCUCUACAGAUAGCAGCAGAGCUAGCUGGAGCUGCAGCAAAACAAGGAGCCCCAACUUCAAGGCUAUUAAUACACCCAGAGAUGAAUGUAGCAUUUACAGCCAAGGUGUAACAGGAACCAGCUGUCCAUGGUGCCACAGUGUUGAAUGUACCUGUAGCCAGAGCAGUGACGGUCGCUGCAGCACUGGUGCAAAAGUGACCACAGUAGUGCAGUCAGGUGUAGUUGUAGCAGUAGCAGUGGGGGGCAGCGGCUCAGGACACUGAAUGACCAGUGUGGCUGAUGAAGGCCACCUGGAUCCGCUUGCUGAAACGAGCCAAGGGAGGUCGCGUCAAGAGCUCCGAUGCCUGUGGUUCGGCCGACUCCUACACCAGCCGUCCAUCAGACUCCGAUGUGUCCCUCGAGGAGGAUAAGGAGGCAGUGCGCAGAGAGGCAGAGCGACAGGCUCAGGCACAGCUCGACAAGGCCAAGACCAAACCAGUUGCAUUUGCUGUCCGCACAAAUGUCAACUAUAGCCCGUGUCACGAUGACGAUGUCCCUGUGCCAGGCAUGGCCAUCUCCUUUGAGGCUAAAGACUUCCUCCAUGUCAAAGAGAAAUUCAACAACGACUGGUGGAUAGGACGCCUGGUGAAGGAAGGCUGUGAAAUCGGUUUUAUACCCAGUCCAGUGAAGCUUGAAAACACGCGUAUCCUCCAGGAGCAGAGAGCCAAACAGGGCAAGUUCCACUCCAGUAAAUUGGGAGCAAACUCAUCCUCUAGUUUAGGUGAAGUGGUUCCUAACUCAAGGAAAUCUACUCCUCCUUCGUCUGCCAUUGACAUAGACGCCACAGACUUAGACCCCGAGGACAAUGAGCUUCCAGUCAACCUGCGCUCCCCUAAAGCCAGUCCAAACACUGUCAUGUCACCCCUAGCAAAAGAGAAACGAAUGCCCUUUUUUAAGAAGGCGGAACACAUACCUCCGUACGACGUUGUGCCUUCCAUGCGGCCCGUGGUUCUGGUUGGACCGUCACUGAAGGGCUACGAGGUGACAGACAUGAUGCAAAAAGCACUGUUUGACUUUUUGAAACACAGAUUCGAGGGAAGAAUAUCAAUCACUCGUGUCACGGCGGACAUCUCUCUUGCCAAACGCUCAGUCCUGAACAAUCCCAGCAAGCAUGCCAUCAUCGAACGCUCCAACACACGCUCAAACUUGGCUGAAGUCCAGAGUGAGAUUGAGCGGAUUUUCGAACUGGCCCGCACGUUACAGCUGGUUGUUCUGGACGCCGACACCAUCAACCACCCGUCACAGCUCGGAAAGACUUCCCUCGCCCCCAUCAUUGUCUACGUCAAGAUCACCUCUCCCAAGGUGCUGCAGAGGCUCAUCAAGUCCAGAGGCAAGUCUCAGGCCAAACACCUCAAUGUCCAGAUGGUGGCUGCUGACAAGCUGGCUCAGUGCCCUCCUGAAAUGUUCGACAUCAUCCUCGAUGAGAACCAGCUGGAGGAUGCAUGUGAGCAUAUGGCUGAUUACCUGGAGGCCUACUGGAAAAGCACUCACCCCACCAGCUCCAGCCCCCCCAACCCACUGCUAACGAAGCUGCCCACAGCCACCCUGCCCUCCAGCCCGGCCCCAGUUUUUGCCGUGCAGGGCAGCAGUGCUGAGCAGAAAGGAGACAAAGCAUUAGUGGAGAGAAAGGGCUCCAGAGAGGAUCACCAGCACCAUCAUCACCAUCACCACCACCACCACCAGAGCCAGGACCAGGCUGAUGCCGAUGCAGAGGCUGAGGGGGAGGGCAAUGAGGAGGAGAGGCCUCUGAGGACAGAGUCCUCUAGGAGAGCCCAGCACAUCCACCACCGUUCGUCUUCCACCAGGACUGAGCACCACAACCACCAUCACCACCACCACCACCACACCAACCGAACCCGGGGCCUCUCCCGGCAGGAGACUUUGGACUCGGAGACCCCCGAGAGCAGAGAGAGCCGAGAGAGCAAGGACUCUGCUUAUAUCGAGCCACGCACACAGCUCCUCCACCAGGAAGAGGAGGAGGAGGAGGAGGAGGAGGAAGAGGAGGAGGAGGAAGAAGAGGAGGAUCUGGGGGAGGGGCACCCCCAGCAGCAACAGCGUUACGAGCCACUGCCCCACCGGGACCACAACCACCAUCACCACCACCACCAUCACCGCGGUGGGGCGGACGAGGCUGGCCACAGCACAGGACACCACCGUUCAAAGGAGCGCGAACAGGACCAUAAUGAACGGAACAAACAGCGCUCGCACCACCACCGGCCAGCACGUGACCACCACCACCACUACUAUGACCGGGACAGAGACAGGGACCGAGAGGGGGAGGUGGCUCCCAAAAAGAGGGGUGACGCAGGGGAAUGGGCCAGAGACUCCUACAUCCACCAGUGACAGACCAAAUCCCUCCUGAAGCUCAUCUGGACUCGUAACCAUUCUGUUCUCCCAUCGUGCUGCUAUACCCUGAAACCACAGCAUCCUAUUUAUGUACACUUCCUUUGUAAAUGCUGUUGCAUCUUUUUCAAUGGCAGGAUUUUGAUUACAUAGAUACAAAUAUAAAUAUAUAAAUAUAUGUAUGUGUGUAUCUAUGCAUAGACGUUGUUUAUGUGUGGAUAUGCAUGAAUAUUCUCAAAUAUGCAUAUUUUAAACCUGUGUUUGAUAAAGCAUGACACAAAAGCAGAAUUAUUUUCUGUACUGAGCUGUGCUUUCUGUGAUUAGCAUUUUUAUUUUUAUUAAUUUGUUUUGCUUGCUACCACUUGAAUAAUUUGUUCCUUCAGACUACUGCUAGGGUUGACUGCAACGGUUGACUAACCAAGUUAGUUUGAUGCUGUAUUUGCAGAGGUCUUUUGUUUAAAACAAGAGUUUGGCAUUUGGGAAAAUAAGCUCAUUCGCUUUCUUACUGAGAGUUACACUCAGUUGCCAGAUUAUUAGGUACACGUAGCUAAAACAAAUGCAAUCUAAGAAAACAGUCCUGCAGUAAAUCCUGACUUCAUGAAGGUCACAAUGUUCAGCUUUUCUUGAAAUUGAAUUUUAGAAUCAUUUUGCAAACUGCAAUCUGAUUAUAUAACGUAUGGUUUUACUGGCAGGCGUUUCCAUUAUUUUGUCCACCCUAUAUCAGUGAGGGUGGUCUAAAUCAGUGGUUCCCAACUGGUGGGUCGC